AUGUCUCCUCAGGCAACCACUACUACUACUAUCUCUCCUUCUACUUCUCCUGAAAAACUUGACAAGAACUUACAGCUUGCUCGAGAAGAGGAAGAAUGGUUAAAAAAGAAACCUAAAUUUCUCACCUGCAAAGAAGCAUUGGAUCGAAUCAUGUGGGAUCAAGAUUUAACAGAUGCCUACACUCAUCUCUCAAUGGUCUACAAGGAUCGAUUCGAAGGUGAUACCUUAAUUUCCUAUGAAGAAUUCAUGAACUCGGAUUUGGCUGAAGAAUUACCACAACAUCGAAUUCAACAGCUCAUUUACAGAGAUCAAUUUGUGUUCUGGGAUAAACGAAACAGAAUUGACAUGUUAUCGAAUGGUAAAUUGAGAGAAUUUAUUAUGGAAUGUUUGAGACAAGAACAAGUUAUUGAAGAAGAACAAGCUCAAGAAUUUACCACCAUCUUACAACAACCACCAUCAUCAUCAGCAACGAGCUCCAAACCAAAAAAACAAAAUAAGAAGAAUAAGAAGAUUAUGAAAGAAUUUGUACGAGCUCAAGAUGCCAACGAAAAGGGUUUGAAAUCGGAAGAAGAAGAUGAAUUGGAACGAUAUAUGGAAGAAUAUGAUGAAGAAUAUUCUCGAUAUCUAUACCAAUAA